UCACAGCAUAUACACAAUUUCCUCAAUGAUACCUGGCAUGCACGGUACCAGUCCCAAUUGGAUGAAAGUCUCUUGACACUUAUUUGGUCAGUUAUAGCUUCAGUGUUUACACUUGGUGGCCUUAUUGGAACAUUUGUAGGUGGACACGCAGCAGCAAAGUUUGGUAGGAAGCAGGUUUUAUUGGUGAAUAAUGUUGUAGCAAUUCUAGCUGCUCUCUUCAUGGGAAUUGCACAACCGGCCAGAUUAUAUGAGCUUCUGAUAGUUGGGAGAUUCCUUAUAGGAUUGAAUGCAGGUGUUGGUAUCUGUGUGCAGCCAUUGUAUCUCGGAGAAAUCGCUCCCAAAAAAAUCAGAGGCCUUGCUACAGUGGGCAUUAAUGUAUUCUUAACUGGUGGAAUCCUAACAGGACAAGUUAUUGGUUUACGGGAAAUACUGGGCCGCAAGAACACAUGGUCUUUAUUGCUGGCUUCAUGUGCCAUACCGGCUCUUCUACAGCUGAUUGCCUUGCCGUUCUUCCCGGAGAGCCCCAGAUACCUUCUCAUUGACAGAAAAGAUGAAUAUCAGUGUCAAAAAGCAUUGAAAACCUUUUAUGGUUCAACCCAUUAUCAGAUGGAGAUGGAUGAUAUACAAAAAGAAUCACAAGCUUUAAAUGGUGAGAAACCCAAAAAAAUACUUGAGUUGUUCUUCGAUCGGACGAUAAAAUGGCAGCUUAUAUCAGUUAUCAUUGUCAACAUGGGACAGCAGCUUUGCGGGAUCAAUGCAAUUUAUUUUUACGCAGAAUAUGUAUUUAGAAAAUGUGGGAUACCGGAACACAACAUUCCCUAUGUUACACUGGGAACUGGAGUCUGUGAAUGUAUUACAGCUUUAACAUGUGGACUACUCAUAGAUAAAGCAGGAAGAAGAUUUCUUAUAAUUGGAGGAUACACUAUGAUGGCAUUUUGGUGUAUUUUAAUGACCGUGACCUUGACAUUUCAGGUAUGA